AUGACCAACUUCAGGAACCUCAUCGUGUCCUUGAUGCUUAUCCUGACCGCUACCUUCCUUUUCAUGGGACAGACAGCGUCAGCAGCUAAGGGGCCGAAGAUCACGCACAAGGUCUAUUUCGACAUUGAGCAGAAUGGUGAGCCAGUCGGAAGGAUUGUGAUGGGCCUCUAUGGCAAGACUGUGCCAAAGACUGCAGAAAACUUCCGGGCUCUGGCAACAGGUGAAAAAGGCUUCGGCUACGAAGGCUCCGGGUUCCAUCGCGUUAUCAAGCAGUUCAUGAUUCAGGGCGGAGACUUUACCAACGGUGACGGGACAGGCGGGAAGUCCAUCUACGGGACCAAGUUCGAGGAUGAGAACUUCAAGUUGAAGCACACCAAGGAGGGACUUCUCAGCAUGGCAAAUGCUGGCAAAGAUACCAAUGGCUCCCAGUUCUUCAUUACCACCGUCAUCACGUCCUGGCUCGAUGGCCGUCAUGUUGUCUUUGGGGAAGUUCUUGAGGGCUAUGAUGUGGUGAAGAAGAUUGAGGCGACCAAGACGGCUUCAGGAGACAAACCGGUCGACCCCAUCACGAUUGCUAAAAGUGGGGAGCUGGAGGUUCCGGCGGAAGAAGUCGAGGACGAAGAAGCCGAAUCAAAAGCGCCUGUAGAUCCUGCUACUGAGGCUAUGACAGGAGACACCGUGCCCGUUGAGGGCCUCAUUGCCGCUUCUCUCUUGGCGAAAGCACUGUUGGUAAGCAUUGUGCUUGGCCUCCUCUUCUUUAUCCUCCGAAGGCGACGCAGGUCAAACAUGGUGGUCAAUGAGAAGAGCCUAGCAUAG